AUGCUACGUCUGGUGCUGGCGCUGGCCGCCGCCCUCGUGCUGCUCGCCACCGGCGCUAAUGGCUUCCGGAUCGAGGAGGCGAGCCUGGCAACCAUCCAGCAGGGCUUCACAAACGGCAGCCUCACAUCGGUGCAGCUCGUCCGGUUCUACCUCGAUCGCAUCCGGGGCCUGAACCCGCUCCUCCACGCCGUCAUCGAGGUCAACCCGGACGCGCUCCUCCACGCCGCGCGGGCCGACGCCGAGCGCCGGCGCUCCUCCGGCCGAUACCUGGCCGCCGGCGCCGGCGGGAUCCUCCACGGCGUGCCCAUCCUGCUCAAGGACAACAUCGGCACCCGCGACGCGCUCAACACGACGGCUGGCUCGUUCGCACUGCUGGGCUCCGUGCCGCCGAGGGACGCCGGCGUGGUUUCCCGCCUCAGGCGCGCCGGCGCCGUGGUUGUGGGCAAGGCGAACAUGGAGGAGUGGGCCAACUUCCGCAGCCUCCCCGGCACCGACGGCUGGAGCGCCCGCGGCGGCCAGGCCAGGAACCCGUACGUGCUGACGGCGAGCCCGUGUGGGUCCAGCACCGGGUCGUCCAUCGCGGCGGCGGCAAGCAUGGCGGCGGUGACGCUGGGGACGGAGACCGACGGCUCCAUAAUUUGCCCAGCGUCGCUGAACUCGGUGGUCGGGAUCAAGCCGACGGUGGGGUUGACCAGCCGGGCCGGGGUCGUCCCCAUCUCACCUAGGCAAGACACUAUUGGGCCAAUUUGUCGUACCGUUACGGAUGCGGUCCACGUGUUGGACGCCAUUGUGGGCUAUGACGCCCUAGAUGCGGCAGCCACGGUUGCAGCUUCCAAGUACAUCCCUCAUGGUGGAUAUGCACAGUUCUUGAAGAAAGGUGGCCUGCAGGGGAAGAGGAUAGGGGUUCCCAACGGCUUCUUCAACUACGCAAACGGGACAGUGCAACACACGGUUUACCAACAACAUUUUUAUAGAAUGUGGUUGCAAGGAGCAACCGUGAUAGAGAACCUCGAAAUAGAAAAUCUUAGUGUCAUACUGGAUUCUCUUAACAACGGCGAACAGAUUGCGUUACCGGCAGAGUUCAAGUUAAGCCUGAACUCCUAUCUGUCGGACUUGUCAAAUUCUCCGGUCAGAUCGCUUGCGGAGGUCAUAGACUUCAACAAUGCACAUCCCGUCGAGGAGAAGCUGAAGGAGAUCGGGCAGCUCAUCUUCCUGGCAGCCGAGAACACGACCGGUAUCGGUGCCAUGGAGAAAGCGGCGAUCAGCCGGUUGAACAAGCUCUCCGCCGACGGGCUGGAGAAACUGAUGAAGGAGCACGAGCUGGACGCCGUCGUGACACCUGACAGCGCAUUGUCCCCUGUGCUCGCCAUCGGCGGGAUGCCAGCGAUCACCGUGCCGGCCGGGUACAGCAAUUCAGGGGUGCCGUUCGGUCUGUCCUUCGGUGGGUUGAGAGGGUACGAGCCAAGGCUGAUCGAAAUGGCGUAUUGUUUUGAGCAGAUUACAAAUGUCAGGAAGGCUCCCACGUUCUUGCCAUAG